GUAUGCAGAAGUGUGUGUACCGUACGUCAGUGUGUGUACGUCAGCGUGUGUACGUGUGUGUGUCUGCCGACAACAGGUUGCAAGUAUGACCGUCUCACUCCAAACCUAAGGAUCGUUCACCCCACUGGACAGACACAUGGACACACAACUACACGGACCAACACCAUGGGAUCAAGAUUAAAAGAAAACCCUGACAGGACCUUCUACUGGUUCUUUGAAGCAUCUUGUCCAAUCGCAAGAGACAAAGAUCCUGAUGUGUUGUUUCAGUUUCCUGAAGACUUCAAUGAUGAGGAAUCCCGCCAGACCCUACCAAGGUUCUGCUUUCCCUAUGACAUAGAGAAAGUGAGAGAUGUGGUAGCGGUUCAACACUUCACCUUUGUGCUGACUGACCUGGAGGGAUGCCAACGUUUCGGCUUCUGUCGCCUCACCAGCAGCUCACACACCUGCCUCUGUAUGCUUAGCUACCUACCUUGGUUUGAGGUGUUUUACAAACUUCUCAACAACCUGGCUGACUAUCUGAUAAAGGGACAGACCAAUGAGAUGCGAGAACUGCUGGCCGCCCUCUACACACAUCCCCUGCCAUUGGCUGUCGGCUCUGUCACUCUGCAGCUGGGAGAGCAGCUAUUGGUCAGGACAGAGAUGCCCCGCCCUCCUGGACAUGCCCCCCUCACCCCGGGGAAGGGGCAGGAAGGGGUCCCGUACUUCAUCGCUCCAGACCCCAGAGGGCUCCCCUCCAUCCCUGAGAGCAGGAACCUAACAGAGUUGGUGGUAGCAGUAGAUGUGUCUAACCUGCUCCAGCUCUACGCCAGCAUGCUGUCUGAGAGACGCAUCCUGAUCCUCUCCAGCAAACUCAGCACAUUGACAGCGUGUGUUCAUGCCCUCAGUGCUCUGCUCUACCCCAUGUACUGGCAACACAUCUUCAUACCUGUCCUGCCCCCACACCUACUGGACUACUGCUGUGCGCCGAUGCCCUUCCUCAUAGGGGUCCACUCCAGUCUGACAGAGAGAGUAAGAUCCCGAGGGUUAGAGGACGUGGUGAUUCUGAAUGUAGACACCAACACUAUAGAGUCUCCCUUCGAAGACCUGAAGAAGAUACCAGCAGAUGUGGUGUCAGGUCUGAAGUUGUGUCUGAAGCGUCAGGCAGCGUCAGCAGGUGUGGGCGUGGCCAAGACCUUCCUCAGGGCUCAGGCUCUGCUGUUUGGAGGAUAUGGAGACGCUCUGAAGGGGAAUACGGAUGGUCAGGUCAUGUUCUGUGAGGAGGUGUUCCUGGACCACAGGUCUCCCUGUAUGAGACAGUUCCUACAGAGUGCUGUCCAUCUACAGCUCUUCAAACAGUUUAUUGAUGGACGUCUGGAGCUGCUGAACAGAGGGAUAGAACCAGACGACCUGUUUGAACAAGAGAUACUACAGUGUGGAACAGCAGCAGGAAACACCAAAGUCUAUCAUCAACUGGUGGGCAACCUGAAGAAAGGGGGAGGAGCUCUCAUCAAGUCCAAGACUCACAUGUACAAGUCGGCCAAACGUGGCUUGAGGAGCUACUUUCUAACAUCCAAGGAGCACGUUGAGAUUCUCUCCCUUAAGAGAGGCAACUCCGUGUCCGGAACACACACAUACCGCCGCAACCAAUCAGAUUGCCUUCAGAGCCGUCUACCAAUCACACAACACUUUGGGAAGUCUCGUCCCCGUCGUCCAGUUAACAAACAGGGCUGUUUCCUUGACGACGAGAACACACAACAGAACAGAGACACCUGGGAAGAAGACUGGCAGGACGGUGCUGUCUCAGACCCUGUCGCAGACCCAGAGCUCCAGGAGGAGGAGGGGGGAGACUCAGGUCUGUGUGACCCAGAAGAGAUGGACCUCCUGGGGGAGAUCUUUGACACGCUGAGUGCCCGGAGCUCCCAUGACCGCGGCCUGCUGUACGGGACACGAAGUCUAGACCUGUUUGGACCUGAUACUACUGACUACAUCAGACAGAGGGGCCUGGCCACUCCGAGUCAGGAGAGUCUAGGUGUGUCCAUCGGUGGGAGUGGCAGUCUGCACAGCUGGAACCAGGAGGAGGGGCUACAUGACAUGGGGGAGGGGCCAGAACAGACAGAGGAUCCUGAUUGGCUAGGCGAGGGACAGGAAUUGUCAGAGACAGCAUCAGAAACACCUCAAGGGAGAAGAGAGGAUGGGAGGAGAGAGGAGGGAAGGAGAGAGGAGGGGGUGGAAAAGGGCUUGGUGGAGGCAGAGGAGCUUACAGAGAGGAAAGAGGUGGGGAUGGAGAGAUGGAAUGUUCUGAGGCAAGGAGGGCAGGAUGAACGAGGGAUGGAGGAGAGGAAGAAGAGUGAAGACAUCACUAUGGAGCCAGAGAUUCAGUCUGAAUGUAUGGGUGAGAAUGGGAUGGGGAAAGAGGUGGAGGGAGAGAAAGAGAGCGAGGAAGAAGAGAGAAGAGUGGUGCAGAGUGGAGCAGAGAGAGAGAAGAUGCAGAAUGACAGAGGUAAAGACCGGCAACAAGGAGAGGAGAACCAGGGGCAGGAAAGAGGCCCCGAGACACCAGGAGAGUUACCCAGGAACAGAGGCCCGAGGCUGGGUACUGAGUCUAGGGCCUGGGCCGGAGCUGUGGAGGACCACCAGGGAGAAGGGGACAGACUCAGCCCCAAAACUACUGAUCAACAACCCCUGGGUCAGCUAGAAAAAGAAGAAAAGGGGGAGGAAAUAGAGGUGGGACGCAUUCCCCUCUAUCCCAGUGUUCCAACUGCUGUAGCACUGUUCCAGUCACCGGCCUCUGAGCAAACCUUCCAUGGGAAGGCCCAGACCAGGGGCUCGCCUAAGCCCAGUAAGCCCAACAACACACCUCGGAGCUGGGACACUAUACAGAAGAGCUGCUCUCAGGAACCCAACAACACCCACGUCUCACCGAAUGACAGCGCUGGACCUGUAAUAGCCACACCUGUCCCGACUACGCCUAUGAACGACCAAUCAGAACCAGGGGGGAACCCCCCAGCGCAGGAAGACCCGCCCCCUGUCAAGGUGUCUGAGCUGAAGAAGAGAUUUGAGGCUUGAUUAUUGGUGCAGGACUGUUUGAGUGGUUCAUAGCUCAGCCAAUGCUUUUGCAGUUUUUAAAGACUUGGGGACUUGACGAGUCAGAGAAUAAAUUGGGAUGGGACAUGAAACACGCUGAAUGUUGCAGGUGUUGUUGGGUUCCUGAAUGAAUAGAACUGACAAUCCCCUAUUCUAACCGACAGACAAUUUCAGUUCUACACCAUAUAUUUCUAACUGAACAUUCUGUAGUGUUCUUAUACAGGUCUAUGAUGUAAUGCAUAGGGCCAGGAGUUUUUCCCAGGAUGUAUUCACUAGGAAGAAAACGGAACCGAACAGGGGAGAGACCUUUCUGAAUUUGUCCAAUAGAAACUCUCAUUUUCGUUGCAAAAUAUUUUCAGUUUGGAGUAAAUUGUUUCCAUUGCAAAACAUUUUGAUACAAUGCUAAACGUUUUUGCUACAGUGUGCGACUAAUGAAUACACCCCCUGAUCAUGUUACAUGACACUCAGGAUCCAGUUAUGUCCCAUCCCAAUGACUGAUGUAGCUGGUUGUAAUGUUCUUAGAUUACCAGCAGGUGGGGCUUGUGGAACAUGGAUAAAUGAACUCAAUGCACUGAAUACAUUUUAAAGUGUUAUACUUCUAGAAAACUUAUUUUUUAUUACCAAAUCAAAUAUUUUUCUCCUGGAUAAUAAGAAAUGCAAUCAAUAAAUGGAAGUUUUAUACUUUU